CAGCGUUGCCAUGACUGAGGACCUCACGUCCACCAAUGGGACGCCUAGGACCAAGGUCAUGACCAGCAGCACCACGGUGGAGCUGAACAAGCUGCAGCCCCGGGGCUCCACGGUCAGCUUCCACAGCAUCCAGUACAAGGUGAAGCUGAAGACUGGACCGCUCUGCAAGAGGAAGAACACUGGCAGGGAGAUUCUGGUGGACCUCAAUGGCAUCAUGAGACCAGGCCUAAAUGCUAUUCUAGGACCCACUGGAAGUGAAAGUCCUCGUGAGUUCCUGGACGUUCUAGCAGCCAGGAAGGACCCCUCUGGUCUCUCAGAGGUGCUGAUCGACGGGGCACCACAACCACCCAACUUCAAGUGCCUCUCCGGCUAUGUUGUCCAGGACGACGUGGUGAUGGGGACUCUGACGGUGAGGGGAGAACCUGCGAUUCUCUGCAGCGCUGCGUCUGCCCGCUCCGUGCCCCAGAAAGAGAAGGAGGCCAGGGUCAACAACCUCAUCACUGAGCUAGGCCUCACCAAGGUGGCCGGGCUGGACG